AAGUAACCCUUGAUGGCUUCUCGAAUUAACUCGCUAUCCUGCAACCAACAGUAGUCGAUCUCAAGGCCAACAUCUUCUUGACUAAUAAAUACUCCCUACUCACCUCCCACUACAAACAUGAAGCUCCUCGCUCUCUCCGCCCUCGCCGCUCUAGCUACCGCCUCUCCCAUCACCCACAAAGCGCCGGAAGCCAACACACUGGAUGCCCGCCAGUUCGGUGGCUUCGGCGGCUCAAACACCAGGAAUGAACUGGAGCAAGGCAGCAGUGCCAACUGCCCCAAGACCAUCUUCAUUUUCGCCCGCGCCAGCACAGAGGGUGGUAACAUGGGUUCCUCCACGGGCCCUGCCGUAGCUAGCGCCCUCGAGCGCACCUACGGCGCCGACCAAGUCUGGGUGCAGGGUGUUGGCGGUCCUUACGCCGCUGGCCUAGGCACUAACGCUCUGCCCGGCGGCACCAGCCAAGAAGCCAUCGACGAAGCCGUCCGGCUCUUCAACAUGGCGAAUACGAAGUGCCCCGACGCAUCGAUCGUGUCUGGAGGUUACAGUCAAGGUACUGCGGUCAUCGCUGGCGCGAUCCCGAAGCUCGACGCCGCGGUGCAGGACAAGGUCGUUGGUACAGUACUUUUUGGGUACACUCAGAACCAACAGAACAAUGGCGGAAUCGAGGGCUAUCCGGCGGAUAGGCUGGAGGUGUUUUGCGCCACGGGCGAUCGUGUUUGCACAGGAACGCUGCGUAUCACGGCGGCGCACUUCAGCUAUGGAGAUGAGGCUGCUGGACCGGCACCGGAGUUCCUGGAGAGUAAGAUUGGGAACUAGAGAGCAUUUGGGUGGUGGGAAAAACUGGGCUGGGAGUACCGCAGGCGGACUGGCUGGGUGUGUUGAGGUUAGCUUCUUGUAUAUAUACAUUUAUGAUUUACGAAUAUCAUCAGUUUGAUGCAGCGGACUGCGUAACAAAUGGUUUGAGCAUGUGUAGCGAUCUAACCAUUCAUUGUUAAG